AGUCACAAGGACAAACACAUGGUCACUCGAGAAUGUCGCUGCUUCCUGAAAGGGAACGAUACGAUAGUCUCCCAAAGCAGCACUCGACAAGGCUGGAAAUUCCCGUCGCGAACCGAGCGUCUUCUACAGUAAACACCAUAGAAUAAAGAAAAACACCAGCAGAUAAGACACGAAAUACCGAUAACCAAAAAACAACAAAAUGACCAAGGUUGGUCGACUAGGUUCAGCUUAUUGCGCGUAAUUGCGUGCUGGCACAGUGUCGCAUAGUGAAGAAGGCAGCGCACUCAAACGCUAUCUUAUUAGCUUUCUUUCAGACCAUUUAAAAAUAGUUAUAAAAUGUUUGCAGCUUUGUAAGAAAGCAAUACACUUCAGCCAGACGCAGCCUACGUCACAGCGUCACGCUGUGCGCGGAAUGAAAGAACCGGAUGUCAGACGCGCUUGAAUGCAGCGGCAUCGGCAUUGUCAAGCGGCUUUCUGCUAAAAAAAUGUAAAAAGUUUGCGUGCUUUCGCUAGUUGUUUUGCGGCCGAGAAUAUUUUCACUCCUAUUGCUUCCUAAUGCGUUGAAGGACGUUGUGUACUACGGUUGUUUUGGGUUCAUCGAGACGUAUGUAGAAGCCGCUGACCUAUUUUUUGUCUCGUGUAUGAGUGCGUCGUGCGUCAGUGAGGCUGCUCUCAGCCCGAUGAGUGCUCGCAUGGCUUUGUCCACGGGCGGCUGUAUUUAUUUGUAACAUUUUGCUCAUUCAUCGGUGCUUUGUACGCGUAAUUCGGCCCUACUCGAUCCCGCUCACAUGUAUUCGUGUCAGCCAAACUGCGUCAUGCCUCUAAAAGUCGUGCUAAAGAACUUCCUCAACCACUUUGAAACUUUGGAGGCGCGCAAGAAACUAGGGGACGACCUUUUCGAAGCCGAGUUUCAGAGUUUGAAGGAACUUACAGAACGCCUCAAGCAAGAUCCCGAAUAUGCUUGUAACGAAGGUCAGAAGGAAGUCAACCGAAAGAAGAACAGAUACAAAGAUAUUCUACCUUAUGACCUUUCGAGAGUUAUUCUAUCCGAGUAUCCCGGAGUGCCCGGUUCCGACUACAUUAAUGCCAACCUAAUUAAGGGUGCGAGUGGUUCCAGAGCCUACAUAGCAUCUCAAGGGCCACUGCCAACGACGGUCAUGGACUUUUGGAGGAUGAUCUGGGAGUGUGAAGUGCAAGUCAUUAUCAUGGCCUGCAACGAAAAGGAAUCUGGGAAGUAUAAAUGUGAACGAUACUGGCCCAACGAAGGAGAGAAAAAACAGUAUGGUAACAUCACUGUUGAGCUGGUCAAAUGGAAACAGGUCUGCCCAGACUUCUUGCUUCGCACGCUGCGGGCUCGCUGUGGCACUGAAGAGCGCACCCUGUGCCAGUUCCACUACUGGUCGUGGCCUGACCACGGCGUUCCCACCUCUGUGGGCCCCAUUGUGGACCUGGUUCGACUGGUGCGAGACUGCCAGGCCUCGGAAGCCUUACCUGUGCUCGUUCAUUGCAGUGCUGGAUGCGGAAGGACGGGAACUAUUUGUGCCAUUGACUACGUCUGGGGUCUUAUGAGAGUUGGGAAAUUGACCGAUGCCUUCAGCUUGUACCAGAUAAUCCGAGAGAUGCGAAUGCAGAGGAUUGCCAUGGUGCAGACUAAGGAGCAAUAUGUGCUGGUUCAUCGUGUAGUGGCCGCCCUCUUCGAGCAGCAGCUGAGGAUAAUAGAUAGCCACACUUAUGAAAACCUUGACGAGGACGGUGAACCACUGCUAGGGUCAGGCGAAAACAUUCAAAGCAAUGAAAAGAUCUACGAAAACCUCGAGGACCUCGGUCUGGAAAACAGGAGUGAAGAAAAGGAAAACACCGAAAAUGAUGAGAAAUGUGAUAAAGAAAAGGAAGUGACUGCUGGCGGUGAAGAGUCAAAGGCUGCAUCAUCGCAAGAACUCGUGCCUGAGUUGGCUGGCGCUGAGGAUGCUUCCCAGAGGCAGGCUCGGGCCAACCGCUCCAUGUCGUGGAGUCCCGAGCCCAACUCUGUGGCGACAUCAUCUUCUGCGUUAUCAUCCUCUGAUGCAAGGGGAGGCUCUCGUAGUUCAGUUAUUGCAGACGACGAAGAUAGCCAGUCCUGCAAGGAUGACCCCGUGCAAUCGAAAAAGAGCCUCGGCAAGAAAAAGACGGGUGAAGAGCAUGGAAAGGCCUCAACUCUUAGCCGUGUUCGAAGCCUCUCUGCAACUAACAUUUGCCUGGAGGGAUCGCCUGGCAAGGCAGAAGCAGCGGACAGCUCGGGAAAGAUUGUUGGAAAGGCAACCGUCAUCCGCCGUCCCAGCAUAGCAAGGCUUAAAGCUCUCUUUGAGAAGUCCGACUCGGACGACAUCAGCGGAGGAGAGGCAAGCAGAAGGAGGCCUGUGUUUAGGAGCUACAGCCAGAGAGUCACACCACGUCGGCCAUCUGUAGCACAAGUUCCAGACGGCGUAGAAACGCCAUCUGCAUCGAAGUUCAAGCCGCUGCUGUCUAAGCGUAAAAGCCUUGGUCCUUCAGCUCGAAAGGCAAAGGAGUUUCGAGACCAAGAGAAGAGCCAGAAGCAACUGGGAGCAAGUUCAGGCACAGCUUCAAAGAAAGAGAACCAGACCAGCAAAGCCGAGCAGUCUGUGGCUGUAACCGUGACGACAACAAAAGUCUUGACUACACCCAUGCAGAUGGUGAGCUCAUCGAGCGAAGCUGCCGCUAAGCCGCAGAACCUUGCAACAAGUUGGUAUGGGGACAGCAGCGAUGUGUGGGAGAAGAACGUUCUGUACAAGUCCUUCAGCAGCUCCAACCUUGCCAGUCUCAACUCGCACAAUAGCAACAACGCGCCAGGCUCGAAACCACUCUCGGAAACCUCGAGGAACUCGUUCUCCAGCAGCAUUUCAUCCAAACUGGGUCAGAAAUGUGAUCUGCCGCCGCAGCUACCAACAAAGAAGCGUACAGUGCAGACCCUGUAUGCUCCUAUUCCGUUUUACGCUGUCAACACAGCAAGGAAGUCUCAGACGCUCCCUGCCUUGGCAAGUGGCGCCGAUGGUGUGCAGCCCCAGAAGGGCGAACCUCGAGGAAGCAGCAUUUACGACUUCCUCCCACGGAAGGAUGAUGACGCACCUCCCAGGCUUCCGCCAAAGACAAAACUAACAAAGCCACAACUGCGCGUUGUCCCAAUAUCGGCUCUGAACAACACUUAUGUAAAUGUUUCAGACAUGGUUUUGGCCAGAAACGAACUUAUGUCUCGCUUGUCCGACGGCCGUUAUACGAACGUAAACCUCGAAGCGAAGGAGAACAUGAAUCGCAUUGAAAAUGUGAUAAGACAGCAUCCUCGGGGAGCCAUUAUUGAUCUCACGUCACGGAAGUCGUUCAACGAUCGCAUUGCGUCCGGCUCCGUUUCUAAGUAUGAGCAGGUAUGGGAUGGAAAGACGUUUGUCAAGAGAGACCUGAACAGCAACGAAGUGGAGGCAGGAAAGGGCACGGUUGCUGGCCACCCUGUCAAGAUUGAAGAGGACUCGCGGCUUGUUGCACGAAGAGAUGGUUGUGAAAGCGGCGCAGCUGGGGACGACUCUGUCUCCGCCAACAAGGAGAAGUCUGCAACUCUUCCGUCCGCUUUCCGUACACACGCCAACCAAAAAGAGUUGCUACGUCAAAAUGCAAGGCAAGACCCGUUAGUUGUGUCUUCGUCAGACAUGGACACCUCAGACAUCUACACAACGCAUGACGAACGAUCGGGUACGGAGUAUGACACUCUCUUCGCAGAAUCUAGCGAUGCUACAGAGACUGAUGCACCGUGUGAGAAAGAUGCGAGAUGGAAGGGCUUUUUAGCUCACCAGCCUGGACGUGCGCAAUCAGUGCCUUUGCACAUGGCAAAGAACAUGCCAGGUUCACAUGGCGAUCAGCAACACAUAAUUAGGAUACCCGACACCGAAGUGAAGCGCCCGCUGCCACCCUACGAGACCAUCUACCCUGUGCAACCUGGCUUUAUUGGCAGCAGCGGCAGAGCCCACUACUUCACCAGCAACCCCCCUCCAAAGCCACCACGCACUUAUGGCUACUGGGGCACCAAGUACGAAACUGGGCGUGCCAGCAAUGCAACCGUUGGUUCCCCAAAAAAACCAUCUGAAAGCAUUUACCAAGUACCACCUCAACCCAGAACAACGCCGCACAUGAUAUCUAGGCCACUACAUCGGCUGCCACCUUCCUGCGACCCGAUGACCCACUCGACGUCAUCAGUGCCAAAUUUCGGUUCGGUUCCCUUUGCUCCCGUGUACCAUCCGCGCCAAGGCGUGUCCGCCAUUAGAAGCCCAGAUUACGAAAAUGUGUAUGCCUGCCGCUCUGCCUUGGCAGACGCACAAGCUGUAACGAGGCAGCAAGGGACGCGCAUCGUAAAGCACCACUCCGAGUACCGUCCCCAGAUCAGGGUUCCUCAGCAGGAGCCCACCGAAGUUUCGAAGGCGAGCAAUUCCGUGCCUGCUGCCAAGCUUCCCCUACAGCACUCAUUCUCAGAUGCCAGCAUCUACGAAGCGCUUCGCGGUUCGCUGUCCCAUCAGCAGCAGGAGCAGCAGAGACUGGCUGAAAUUCAAGCGCAGUACGCAGUUGUAGUGAAACCGAAGAAAUCGGGACUGCAAAAGAGCAAAACUGUGGUCUCGGAAAGUGCACUCCUUGGACCGUCAGGACCGGCAGCACCCCCGCGAUGCCGGCGUCAGCCCCAGCCAGAUUCUGCUGAUUCCUCAGAUGGUGCUGGCUGCAAGGUAAGCUUGCAACAUCUGGAGAAACAAAGUGUUCCUGAUGACGUCGCACAAGUCCAUGUGAAACCGAGCAAAAAAGGAGCAAGUUCUGGAAGCAAAAACCAGUCCAAGGAAGGAAGCUCAAGUGGCAGUGAUGGCAGUGGCUUUAUCUCGGGCACACUGAGCAAAGCUUUUGGGAGGCUGAACCCCUUCUACAAGGGGAAUUCUGGAACGUCAGAAGAGGCAAAGAAAAAGACGCCUGCACAGCCUACUACUACAGCAAGUCCCAAGAAACCUGAUGUCCCGAAGAAACCAAGCAACAUCGCCAUGCUGCGAAUGUCCAAGAAAAGACCUGCACCACAGCCAAAAGUCUCAAAGGCUCCAGACUUUUCCAAUCGCCCUCUUUCACAAGGUCCUAACGACUCAUCAGGAUCCGAACACUGGACUCAGGUUUAAAGUAAGCUGUCGUGCUUGCUUUGAGCAGACUUCGUCUGUUAUGCAACAAAACUCUGGUGUGCGCACAGCCUAGAUGUUCUUGUUUAGUUAAAUGCGCAGUUCUUGCCGUACGAUUUUACUCUGUUAGGGAGUGUUAGCUGAUACGUUUGUGUUUUAGUGUUACCAUUUUUGCCCAAUCCUGGGACGUAAAUGUUGUCAGUACUGCCUGUGGUGACUUCUGGUGGCACUGCAUUUAAACGACUAGAAUGUGCUGGAACUGUCUUCUGUGUUGUUAUUCUUCUUAAUGAGAAGAGGUAUUGUAUUUUGCGUCACUAUAAAAACCAGCAGACGAUAGUAAAGAGCCACAACGGCUCAUGCAAUUUGGUUGAAUGCAGUGCUGCUAGAUGUUGCCACCAGUGCCACUUUUCAUUGCCCCGUUCCUGCUAUUCUGCCAAAACAGUAAUGCUUAAAACAUGUAUGUACCAGCUAAACACGAAUUUUAUUUUUUACUAGACUGACUUACAGUUACCUUAGACAAGCACAAUCGCAACACUGCUGCCGCCCUCUUUAGUGCAUUGCAAGGCUAAUGCGCUAGCAUCAACGGCUUUACUUUUGCAGCAAUAAGCCUGAUUUUGUUCAACGGCAUCGCUACUUAAUACAUUAGCUUUUUAAGCUAAUCGACCCAUGUGCAACUAUCGCUGGGGUAUAGUUCAAGAGGAUGACCAUUGACUCGUUCUUCCUGUGGUGCUGAGAGAUUUUCGGUGAAACCGAAAUGGAGCUAUACUUGUUUUUAAUAGCACAACACAUCGCACUCUUUUUACUCGCAAGUGUUAUUACCCUCUUUUACUUUCGAUAUUUAUUUUACCCUCUUUUACUUUCAAUAUUUAUUUUUACUUUAUUUAAAAGGUUGUUUUACUUUGCCCUUUUAUUGCUUCGGGAAACAGUGCCCAUUCAGAUCCAACAUUUGCAGAGGUGAGAUUCGAGCCUGCAUUUUGCUGUUGCAAAAGCAAGCUCGUUUGUGUGGCUUGUGCGGAGCCUUGCAUCUUUGACAUUGAGUGUGGGGCAUUUUUAGAUGCAGAAGACAGCAGGCCAGUGGCACUUCUAACCUAAGACUGAUUUGUGUUUGCUCAUCGUCAGCAACGAACUUCCUCUUCUCUGACCUUCCAGUCCUGCACUUCCCCUAAUUCCGCAUGGAAUGCGAAUCUCUGAGAGGCCGAUAAGCUCUGCAAGUCGGUUUAUGCAUGAAGUGGUUUGACGAUGUUAUCAUGGUUUGAGGCCAUUACAGACUCUUGUCUUCACCUUUCCAUCUCUCUUCUUUAUUCUUCCUGGUGGACAUUGCAACAGCUCUAUGCCACUUUUGUACGGGUCAGCUGUCUUGGAGAGUCUAUCUUUUUUUCCAAGGUCAUUAAGUUUCUUUUCUGCUAGGGCGUAUCAUUUGUAGGAAUUGUUCCCAUUCAGAAUUGCAGGAACAGUUUCCAUUCAACAUAACACCGCCUGUUGCACUGCCCCAUUGUGUGUGGCAUUUCAGCCAGACUGGUUCCUAUGGGGAACCUUCAGCAAGAGCUUUCCAUGGAUGAGCACACUGCCACAGAACCGCAAUCUAGGAGACAAAGGCUGCAGUUUGUAGUAAGACAAAUUGUGUCUGAACAAUUUGCACCGUCAUUUAUGUUGGCAUAGCAGUGUCCAGUGUGUAUCUGCUUAAUCCUGCACUUGCAUGCGCAUGAAUGCAAAAGCAUUGGCACUGUUGGCAGCCUGCCGACUCAGUCGUGAAUUCUUGUUGCGCCAAGCUAAGGUUGCUUAAUCGGCCAGGAACGAUUCUUGCUGUCUGCUCUUCCUUAGGUUUUGCCAACGUCUUGGCAAACAAGUGUUCCUGCAGGUGGUCACUACAGCGGCCAGGAACCAAACCUGUAGCCUUGAUCAGAACGCCAUCGGUCACUUUCUCUCAUUGUCUCAUUCUUUGCUACUUUAAAAGGAGUGUUGUCAUUUUCUCUUGUAGACUCAGUGACGAGAAUGGUUUUAAUUUUGUUGUCAUUGAGUAGCGCUGAGUGUUUUUAUGAUGAUAGUUCCUAGUGAGUAAAACCUCUGCUUAUUUUAGCUUUGCUUUUUAUUCACCAUAAAGAAGCAAACACGGCACUGUUUUCCGAAUAAUUUAUGUUUUACCAUCCUAAGUUAUUAACUUUCAUUAUUUGUUUGCGUGCAAAAUGUGGCAACUGCGUGGAACACAUUUUUGUCUGUAACUGCGAUGUGCCAGUUUCACUGUGACCACGCCUACUUCACUGCUGAAUUGUACAUUUCUGGUUAAAGAAGAACUCUAAGUUAAGUCAAAUGAAGUAUAUUUUUCAAGACUAAACUUGUGCAUUUGGUGGAACAAGGCCAUUAUCUUACAAAAUGAAGGGCAAUGUAUCCAUUUCUGAAUUUCAUGGUCAAACUGCAGCAGUUGUACGUUAGUAUGUCAUCAUAGAUUUCAAUGUGUUUUCACACUUUCUAACUAUAUCUGCUAAAGAAAAAGUAAUGAAAACUUACUAGGUUAGGAAAAUUUAGAUUUGCUGCAUUAUAUAUUUGUUCAUUAAAAAGGUUUCACUGUACAGCUUAGUGUAACAUUCCUUUUUAGGUCCCUUUAGGCAGCAACAUUUAACAGGAUCACUUUACCUAGGAUUUUGACAUGCUUGCCUUGCAGUGUGAAUAAACACGGCGACAGUGCACCGAAGUUACAAUGGAAAUGCGUCUCAUGUGGUUGCCAAGAAUUGGCAUGCGUGUUUUUAAUUCAGUGUAGAGUUUUUCUUCCCCUUGAUACCUUUUCUCACUCUUGCGUCUUGACUGUUUGUCGGCAAGCUGUCGGAAUUUGUCAUUGUGAUAGGCAGACGAUGCUAUGCCUGUAAUGUAAAGAUAUGGCUAGUGAUAUGUGUAUGCCUUAAUCGACACAAGUUGUUCUUGUACAUCUGCUAGAAUGGAGAAGAAUGUUCAUUUGUUAUCAGUGUCUGUUUGUGUAGUGCUGUGUUUGUACGAUGACGCUUUUGAAAUGUUAGCAUGCAACUUUUUGCAGCGAGCAGUCAAACACCACUGGCAUCUGCAGCCGCCUAUGGCUUGUUUUGUUUGCGUGACACUUGAGUUGUUACGUUCUUGGAAGUCCCAAUAUCGAGCUUCACACAAUACAAUGAUCUCCUGUCGUUUUUUUUUUUUUUUUUUUGGUCACUGUUCACAGCUGUAGCAGAAGUCAACAAUGGAUGUUGAGAUAGCGCUAUUUUCAGAUACUAGAAUGUAUUUUUGAUGCAUUUUUUGCAGCAAGAUGUUCUUGUUAACAAUGUGUGUGCCCGUGUCCUUACCAUCUUUACGGUAUUAACUGCUAACGACAAAAAGAAAGAAAACUGCGCCACACGGAGAAUUUGCAUUAAAACUUCACGUGUCUGUAAUGCGAAAGAAAUUUAGGAUUCUAGUCCCAAACAAAAAUCGUUGGUGUUAUUGGAACUCUUAAAACAGCAAGAAAUUUUAACUGUUGUAGUACGUCUACUAGCUGCAUAAUACUGUGGAAACAAAGCUUUGUUGUCACCUUAGUCAAGUACCGCAUUGUCACACUGUCUUGCUCAAGAGAACUAAUGCUCGAACUUUGAUCAUCAGCUGUGUUCGCGCUGUAUAAUGGAGAUCACACAGUUGCCUUUUUGCUCGGCUACUUACUGCCUUGUCUUUUGAAGCUGCUCCCCAGAUGGUGUGGUGUAACGAUGCUGUCUGUUCACGCUCAAUUGUUCAGAGCGUUUACUUCAAGAUGUGCCAAACGUGCCAAAGUAGCAGUGCUUUGUGCUGUUUUGUUCACCAUAACCAUCGUUAUCCUGUUGUAUAUUAAUAUAAAAGGUCCUGGCAUAGUGCAGUCUAACCUCACUAUAGCGAAUUCAUAUGUGACAUGAAAGUACCUUCAUUACAUCCAGUAUUUGUACCACACACUGACAUUGGGGAGAAAAUUUAGAUUUACUUUGUUAAGUCUGACAAUUCGUUUGAUGUGUGUUUGUUAUUUUGAGGUUCGAAUGUACAUUUCUCAGUUGAAUUCAGCGUGUAACUUUGUUUACUAGAUGUAGUCUGUGCCUUUUCUGUAAUCGUCCAAAAGUGUUUAGUUUUUUUAGUUCUUUGUUAAUAUUCACAAAGUGGUUGACAAAAGUGUGAAGGCUAGUUAUGGUUACAUUCUGCAUCCUUUCCAGCUGUAACGAGGUUGUGUUGAAUGGUGAGCCAAGAUGUCAAAGUUGAGAGGUGAUACAAGAGCGCUCGUUAGCCAAAUGAGACCUGCAGAGACCCAAAAGGUGUGGGAGUAGAUUCAUUUGUGAGGGAAGGUUGGCAGCCACCUCAAAGUUGCACAAGGCCUCCUGGUCAGUUUGGUUGGUUGAGCAACUGCUUCCUUCAAAAAGGCAGUGGUUCUUGGUUUGUGCUCUAAACCAGAAGACAUGUUCCUUUGAAUGUGAAGUCUUUCUUUCGAAGAAGCCACCUGAAUUUUCUUUGUAGCUUCAUGCUUCUGUCAGGCGAUCAACAACCAUCUCCUUCACGAAUGAAAUCGGGCGACUAAAACAAAGCACAUUGAAAGCAAACAAUGAAGUGACGCGAGAAUCAGGUUUUGUGUUUGCAGCUCAGCUUACGCACACUGAAUUUAAAGAAAAAGUUUGCCAUGUAUGUACCUGAGGGGUGUGUUGCUAGCCACACUGUUUGCAACCAGUAGUUUUUUCUGAAGCUUAUGCUGUGAACUUGAAAGCCAGGCUCUUGUCUGUCGACCUUUAGUUGUGAUCUGCCUUGCAACGUGUUUUGACUCAGCUGUACAGGGCGCUUUCGUCGCCACAAGUGCAAUGUGAUUAAUUGCCAGCCUACUGGAAGCCACGCCCGGUGUUCAGUUUGCCUGGAACGUUGUGCCUUCAGUCAGGUCAACAUUGUUUGCCCUCGUCAUUUUGUGUUGAGGGACUUUUCAUCUUGAAUUGUUGCAUUUCUUUUUUUGAAAUCAUGAAUCUGUAUGUACAUACUCAGAUAAAAUGGCCCCUCCUUUUGCUCUGAA